AAAAAAAAAAAAAAAAAAAAAAAAAAAAAAAAGUGGAAAAUGAAAAGAAAAACGGAAAACAGAUCUCUGUGUUCUCGUCUCUCUGUUCUUCCAUCUCUUCACCAUUUCUUCUGUGCUUCCUAAAACUUCUCUCAACGAUCAAACAAAACUAGUUCGUCUCUUUUUUCUACUUCUUCUGAGUGAUGGGUGUGAGCUCCCGCGGUUCCCACCCAUCCCACAUCACCCAAGUUAUCAUAACUAGCUUCUUUCGCCACAAAAAUUGAAGUUCAAUAUCCGUGAAAAAGAAAUUGGAAUCAAGGCCGUUGAAUGGUCAGAUCGUGAUGGUCGUCUGUUCUUGAAAUACUAGUGAGGCAAUAGCUCGAACAAAUGGCGGGUGGGAGGGUCUAUCCUAAUACUAGUAGAAGUGGAGCUUCCAAUCUCUCUGUUCUUCUCCAUAACCGAAGGGUUCCUUCUUCUGCUGAGCCUCUGGAUACCCUUAUCCUCUCUGGCUCUUCUCCUUCUGCCUUUCUUGGUUCAAGAUCAAUAAUGUGUUUUGAAGAUGUUCAGCGAGCUAAGGGAACUCAAAGCCCAUUUUUUCGUGCAUUUGAUCACGGAGAGAAUGGAGACGACGAGGACUUGGACGAGUAUUUCCACCAACCUGAGAAGAAAAGAAGGCUCACAGUCGAUCAAGUCCAGUUUCUCGAGAAAAGUUUUGAGGUGGAGAACAAGCUUGAACCCGAGAGGAAAAUCCAGCUCGCCAAAGACCUUGGAUUGCAGCCCCGUCAGGUUGCCAUUUGGUUCCAAAAUCGCCGGGCGCGGUGGAAGACAAAGCAGCUGGAGAAGGACUAUGCGGCCUUACAAGCCAGCUAUGACAGCCUCAAGGCGGAGUACAACAACCUCCUCAAGGAAAAAGAUAAGCUGAAAGCAGAGGUUCUUCAACUAACAGAUAAGUUUCUCCUGAAAGAGAAGGAGAAAGGGAAUUCAGAUGUCUCUGAUAUGGACUCCUUGUCUCAAGAACCACAAGAAAAGCCAAUUGCACAGGAAUCAGCUUAUGAGGGUGAAGGGUCCAAGGUUUCCCUUGUAGUCUGUAAACAGGAAGACAUUAGUUCAGCCAAAAGUGACCUAUUUGAUUCAGAUAGUCCACCUUACACUGAUGGGGUUCAUUCUUCACUCUUGGAGGCUUGUGAUUCAUCCUAUGUCUUCGAACCUGACCAGUCUGAUUUAUCACAAGAUGAGGAAGAUAUCCUCGGCAAAAGCAUGUUGCACCAUCCAUGCAUCUUCCCAAAGGUUGAAGACGAUGAUUACCCCGACUCACCUGCCGCCAAUUCAUGUAAUUUUGGCUUCCCUGUUGAAGAUCAUGCCUUCUGGUCUUGGGCAUACUAAGUUACAUUACUUAUACAUAUCCUGGCAUACAUAUCUUAUGUGAAAUUGUUCUUGGUUGAAGCACGUUCUAGUACUUGUAGUUAUAUAAAUGAGUAAUAAGAACCAAUCACCAACCAAGAUGUUUUGGUGGUGGGUUUUGGCUGUAGCUGGGAAAUUGGUGGUUUUGCCCUCUGCUUAGUUUUGCAGAGGUUAUCGGGAGUAUCACUAAAACCUCUUUUUUUACCCCUCCGGGAUUGUAAUUAAAUAAGAUGUCUUGGUUGUG